AUGUAUCGAUUUUGUGUGUUGUUGAAUGUGUUAAAAUCAAUUAGCAUACUGCUGUUUCUGUUUAUGCCGCUGCUGCUGUUGCUGCUGCUGCCCCUGCCAUUGUCUUAUGCCACCACCAGUCGAACGGAACUGAAUGAAACGCUUGUCUUUGCCGCCGAGAAGCUGCAGGCCUUCAAGAUCUUCGACGAUGAGCAGCAGCCAGCCGGGCAGGUCUCGGGUCGCAGCUUCAUCUGUGUGCCCCUCUUUCGGGUCUUCAGUCUGGAGCUGAGGCACAACAUUCGCCUGGCUGCCGACGAGUAUAUUGCCGUUAGCGGGGAUCAUGCCGCCCUCGGGUAUUGGCAGCUGGAGAAGGCAGUUCCGCUGAAGGCGCAGGACAGGGCCAGGACCAAGUGGUAUCUCCGGCUGUGGGUCUGUGCCAGCCAACGGUUCUACUAUCGGUAUCUGAUCUACGCGAAGAAUGGCCAGGGCAGGCGGAUUCUGCGAAGCUGGGAAGGCCAGAAGGUGGCCAGAAUGAUGCAGACCUACGAGAUCUAUCGAUCCCCCGGCCUGGACAUCUUCGGCGAAGCCUAUCCCCGAUCGGUGGGUGGUGGCUUCCACCUGGAGCGCGGCUGGCUGCAGCACGAGUACGUCAUCGAGCUGAAGUUCGUGUGGCAAGAUCACAUGGUCAUCUCUGGGGUCGGCAGCAAGGCCAAGCUCCGACUGGCGCUGACGCCCCUCAACGUGAUCGAUGAUUCCCGGAUUGAGGUCGCCAAAUAUGCCUACAAUCACUCCUCGUUCCGUCCACUGUCCGCGCUGGGAGUGAAGUACAGCCAGGGCUCCAUUGUGAUCUUCCGCAUCAGCCAGCCCCUGGACAUCUACAACGCCUUUCGCCUUUCCAUCUAUCAGACGGGGAGCAAGCAGUCCCUGGGCGAGGUCUACAUCUUUCCCGAGCAAAUCCGGGGAAGUCGCGGCACGCUGCAGCUCCCGAUCUUCGCCAGUCUCCAGACCAUAGCCAUUGGACAGCUGAGCCUGCCCUAUCUGGUGGUGCUGCCCAUGCCCAAGGUGGAGGCCUGCAACUUGAGGGAGAGCUUCCAUCACUACUGGCCCGACAACUGGCCCACCAUGGAUGUGGGCUAUCGGGGACUGGGGGCCAGCUACUAUCAGGCCUCCACCACCCUCACGGAGAACACGAUAGAAAGCUUCCUGGCCGUGAUGAAGGCCAAGGGCGACAUGGUUCAGCUCGACGUGCAGCUAACCAAGGACUAUGUCCCUGUCGUUUGGCAUGGCUUCGGGUUCUACACGUCCGGCAAGGAUCAGCAGAUCAGGGAUCGCUUCGAUCUGCGCUACGUGCUGAUCAGGGAGCUAACCUACGCGGAGCUCAAGGCCAGUCGCGUGUUCAUCCUGAAGCGCUGGAGCCUGCAGGAAUACACCCACCUCAACCUGAGGGACUCCAGCCAGAGCCAAAGAAUCUUCCCCAAGCUCUCGGAGGUGUACGAGGCCCUGCCCAAGUCACUGGGCCUGCUGGUGGAGAUCAAGUGGCCGCAACUGAUGGCUUCGGGUCUCCUGGAGUCGACCCAGAGCCUCAACAAGAAUGUCUAUGUGGAUAGAAUCCUGCAGACGACGGUCCGCUAUGGCUGCGGCCGUCCCCUGAUCUUUGCCAGCUUCGAUGCGGACAUCUGCACUAUGAUCCGGCUCAAGCAGCAGGUCUUCCCCGCGAUCCUGAUGAGCAUUGGGCGGUCCAACAUAUGGGAUCCAUACAUGGAUCUCAGGGCCCAGAGCUUCCAGCAGGCCGUCAAUUUUGCCCAUUCGGCGGAUAUCCUGGGCACAGCCCUGCACGUGGAGAACUUUGCCCAGAAACAUCAAUUGCUGAGCGUUGCUCUUGACCUGAAACAGGUGAUCUUCCUCUGGGGCAAUGACCUGGGCCAGGACGAGCAUCUGCUGGAGCAGUUUCGGGUCCUAGACGCGACUGGCGUUAUCUACGAUCAUAUGGAUCGCGUGGGUCCGGCCAGCUGGAAACGUUCCUCCUUUUUCCGGGCGCCUCAGCUGCUGGAGCUGUUUGGGGCCCAGUGCGUGGCCAGUGGCAAUUCAUCGACCAUUCCGGGCGCAAAGCCGCCCAAGCCUACGAUAUGGCCAAAACUGAGAUAGAAAUCUCUGAAAU